AUGGGUGCGGAGCGGCGGGAGCGCGGUGGCCAAUGGGCGGCGGCGACAGUGCGAGGUGCGGUUGCGGGGCAGGGCCGCUGCGCCAGGCUGGCCCCCAGCGCCCGCCGCGCGGGUGUGGACGAGGUUGCUGCUCUCGGGGCGGCGGGAUGGAGGCGUCGCGCCGCCGCCCGGGGCCCCGCGGGGACAGUCAACAGAAGAAGAAUCUGCGUAUCUAAUGCCUUUGAGGAUGAGACCGUGAAGCUCCGGCAGCUGAAACUGGACAAUCAGAGAGCGCUGCUGGAGAAGAAGCAGAGAAAGAAGCGCCUGGAGCCGCUCAUGGUGCAGCCGAACCCAGAGGCCCGGCCACGUCGGCCCAAGCCGAGGGGAAGCGAGGAGCAUGCCCCGCUGGUGGAACCUCAGGCCCCGCCCGGCGGUGUCACCCUGCACGGCAUCGAUGGUCCCGCUGCCUUCCUGAAGCCAGAUGCUCAAGACAUGGAAACCAGACUCCACGUUCUCUCAGUAGGAUCUUCUGCCACGGAGGAGGAUACUGAAGGAAGUGCUGAUGGAGAUAGCACUUGGGACCCUGCUUCCAAGCCAGAUCUUCAGGAGAUUCUCCAGAAACAUGGUAUCUCAGGGAGUUUGAACUUUGAUGAGGAGGAGACUGAUGGGGAGGAAGGAGAAGGGAAAAAACUAAGGUCUCAUUCGUCCUAUUCAGAGGCAGAGAGACCCAGUUCUGCAUCCAGCCAGAAGCCAACCACAGACACAGGAGCUUCUGGAACUGCAGCCCAGCACACUGAUAGCCAGCUGGGAGAAAUAGAGAGUCUAGAGGGCUUCGCAUACAGUCCUGCCCCUCGAGGUGUCACAGUGAAGUGUCGGAUAACUCGGGAUAAGAAAGGAAUGGAUCGGGGGCUUUUCCCCACCUACUAUAUGCACUUGGAAAAGGACGAAAAUCGGAAGAUAUUUCUUCUUGCAGGUAGAAAGCGGAAAAAGAGCAAAACAUCCAACUACCUUAUCUCCACUGAUCCAACAGAUUUAUCUCGUGAAGGGGAAAGUUAUAUUGGCAAACUCAGGUCCAACCUCAUGGGGACCAAGUUUACAGUUUAUGACCAUGGUGUCAGCCCGGCCAAGGCCCAGGGUCUGGUAGAAAAGGCCUGCAUGCGGCAGGAGCUGGCCGCCGUCUGCUACGAAACAAAUGUACUCGGAUUUAAAGGCCCGAGGAAGAUGUCUGUGAUCAUCCCAGGGAUGAAUAUGAAUCAUGAACGAAUCCCAUUUCAGCCACGAAAUGACCGCGAGAGCCUGCUUUCCAAGUGGCAGAACAGAGCCGUGGAGAACCUGAUGGAGCUGCACAACAAGUCGCCCGUCUGGAACGACGACACCCAGUCCUACGUCCUCAACUUCCGCGGCCGGGUCACACAGGCCUCCGUGAAGAACUUCCAGAUAGUCCACGACAACGACCCGGACUACAUAGUCAUGCAGUUUGGACGCGUGGCCGACGACGUGUUCACCCUGGACUACAGUUACCCGCUGUGCGCGCUCCAGGCCUUCGCCAUCGGGCUCUCCAGCUUCGACAGCAAGCUGGCCUGUGAAUGACAGCCAGGCAGGUGCUGUGCUUUCUCUCUGCAGAGCUUUCUGGAGCACGUAGCCGCCGCCCUUGUGCUUGCCCAGGACACGGAGAGUGACAGGCCCCCCUUGGGAAUGGUCCCUGAAAGUAUGUAUGUAGAUGUGCACACGUGUGUGUACACACAUAUAAGUACACACACACCCCUUCUCGGGGUCUCACAGCCCUGGUCAGGGGUCACAGCUUGACUCGGGUGAGAGACUGUUCAGAGCUCACGGUGACUGUGAAGUCACCGCCCAGCGGUCAGAGUCCCGUUCUUGGAAACUUGCAGCCAGAAGCAGCUUCUCAUACUUCAGUACUUGGGUCUCUUUUUUUGCAGAACUUUUCAGAGAGGGACAUUCCCUGAAUUACCUUUAGUCUCCAGGUCUGCAGAGCUUUUCUGUAAGUGGGCGCCGGGCCGGUCCCGGCUGCAGGGUGUCUCUGCCCCCUGUGGGCUUGGCCAUCUUCCAGAACGGCCGUGUCGUGAGAGCACCUGAGUGGGGACGGUGCCUCCAGGAAGUGCAGGCCUGCAGGUCGGAUCUGAAGCGGCACCCGGCCUCAUCCGCUGUGACGUAGCCUUGUCUUUGCUUUGGCCACGGUGGUUUCCAGAGUGUCAUUUACCGUUGGUGACCAUUCCUCACCCAUGGGGUGGGGGGGGGGUGCCCUGGGAGAAGCGCUCCUCUCUGCCGUCUCUGUGGGGGAGCGUGGUGCCCGUUCCCCAGAGCCAGACACCGUCCCUCAGCUCGGGAGGCACCGUGUCACGGUCCCCCUUCCCUUAGGGCCGGCCGGCUGGCUGCAGUCUCAGAGUGGCUCUGGCCCAGUUUGCGAUCAGUGAUGCGAGCAAUUUACGUACUUGUCUUAAUCGCAGGGUAGGCUGGAAGCAUAAGCUCUAGAGGUGGCCUAGUCUGCUCACGACUGAGAGGGAUUUGACAGAGGCCUUCACCAUCUUCAGCCCAGGAGUGCGUCCCCGCUGGGUUACUGUGGAGCCGUUAGUGCAGACUCACCUGUAGCCCGCGUGGGAGGGGAGAGAACAGUGUGUGUGGAACCUGCCAUUGUCACUGCCCAGACGGGCGAGGACAGGGCCUGGCUGGCAGAGCUUGGGCCUCUCUUCUUGGCUUAAGUGUCAUCAGCCCCUGAGGCCUGGUUCAUCCUUGGCGGAUCACGUCCUGUCACUUUUCCUCACAGCUCGUUAAGAGUUUUGCUAAGUCGUUCGGAUUGUUAGCCUCUCCCAGCAAGUCACACGACUGCUGCUAGUUCCCGGCCUCCGCGCAUCCGAGUCCUGAGCAUCCAGGAACACCGUGAGCUCUGCGUUGGCGUCGGUCACCUUCCAGGCCUCGUGCGCCAAGCUGUCUGCCAGCCUGGGGCCAGGCAUCGGUGGCUUUCGCUUCGUCCCGUCCCUUCUGUGGACUUCCUUUCUGUCCCUGCUCCACAUCAAAUAGCAGCGGGAAGGGAAGAGACCCGGGGGAUGAGCAGACCCGCGGCUCACCCACGGGUAAGUCCCACCCGCUCUGCCCUGACACGGCUGCUUCCCCUCAAGUGCCUCACUCCUCAGGUGCCCGCCAGGCCCGCGGGACCACCGACCUGACACUGAAAAUGGAAGGCUGUUCGCUCGUCUCCUGUUGGAGAAUAUGAAGUGUCUGGGGAAGGGGGGCCGGGGGGGACUGGAUCUGACCCUGCUUCCUCCUGCCCGCUCUGGUGCAGACACACACCCCAGCUUCAUGUCCUUCCUGCUUGAGUGUGCAGGUGAUCGGUUUUACAUGAAUCAUAUUUAUACCUUUUGUAUGCUACAGAAAUAAAAAAGGA